UGCCGGUAAGUACAGAGACAGCCGGUUCCUUCUUAUCAUUAAUCUGCCAUACGUGUAGGGGCUUUCCCUGUGAGCCAGGCGAGCGUAUAAAAUGUCUGUCCAGGCCGGUAAAAACAGCCGCUUCCAUCUGUCCGUCCUCAGCCCGUUGUCCGGCAGUGCAGCAUCCCAAGUGUACCAUGAAGACCUCACUGGCCAUCUUGUCUGCUCUCCUCCUGGCUGUAGCAAUUGUCAGUACUAAUAAAGCAAGACGCCGUGGGGGCUGCUGCAUGGUCUAUAGCAAGGAACCCCAGCUGCGGAAGCUGUCUCUGAAUAAAAUUAAGGAACACAGGAUGCAGGAAAUUACAGGGAACUGCAACAUUCCAGCUGUUGUGUUCAUCACACAACGGAAUCAGAGGAUCUGUGCCAACCCAAAAGCAAAGAGUGUGAAACGAAUCCUUAAACGGCUCAGUCUUGGGAAGAAAAACAAGAAACAAGACACUAGGAGAAAAGGGAAACAGUGACCUCUCUCAUGCUAAAGUCUUAUCAGACUAAAACACGCUUGACCACAUUCAUGGUGUGUUUCUACAUGUAAUUUCAUUUUAUGAAAAUGUAAACACGGUCACGGUUAACAUAAAACACAAAAUACUGUGGUAACUUUCCUGAAACAUAUGAAAUCCCUCAACUGCAAUGAUUUAAUAACUUUUAAAUUCACCCUUGAACACAUUCAGUUUUGUGGAGACAACACACGAUGCUUUCUUUUUUUUCUCUAAGGUAAUAUUCCGCAAGGUAUGUUAUACUUCAAUAAUCAAAGUGUUAUAUUCUUCAUGAACGCUUUAGGACAGAUUUACAGAGCUUUAGGAAAGCCUUACAAGAACCUUGUGUAAAUCAAAGUGUCACCAAAAGUAUUAUUUUAUUGCAUUAUUGCAAUCCACACACUGGUUUGUUUCCAAAAAGAUACAAAAAGACAAAGCAAAAAGACAGCCUAUUUCAAAUCAUGUUUUCAAAAGAGAUAUAUGACAUGGGGCUUCUGUAGAAAUAGAAAGCUGUAGCAAUUCAAUAUUGUUUAUUGUUAAAUCUUUAUUUAAUCCUUUUGUAUAACAAACAACAUAUGCAAAAGCUGAUAUAUUACACAUGUACUGUGACAGAAGCAAUGCACAGCCAUUUAAACAUUUUUGAUGUCACCGAAUAAACCAUUUAUGGAAAAGA